AACAGAAUCCUUUCCUUAGUAGGCAAUGUAUUGGAUCUCAUGGAAUGUAUAAUUAGUUCUACCGUUAAAUCAGAAGCAUAAAAAAACGUCGACAAGAAAAUAACCCAAUGCUCAGAUCUAUCUACCUAAAGGCCUAAGGACAAAGAACGCAAUAAAUACAUCGAAAAAGUGUAUAUUGGAAUCAAGUUUCAACAAAAUACAUGUUGGGAAUUAACUUUGUGGAUAUCGAGGGGAAAGGGGAAGAAAUCUUGAAUUAUUUAUCGAGUAGCGAGGAGAAAAUGGAUGAGUUCGAGAGAGAACUUUCGAGAAUCAUCGGCUUGGAAAGUCUAAAGUCACAGCUCCGGCGUUGGGCCAAGCAAAUGCUGAUCGACGAAAAACGUCGAAGCCUCUCCAUCCAAAUUGGCCAAAGAAAACCCCCUCACAUGGCCUUCCUCGGAAACCCUGGAACUGGUAAAACAACAAUAGCCCGGCUAAUUGGGAAACUCCUGCACAUGGUUGGCUCAAUUCCAAGCAAUAAGGUUGUGGAAGUGCAAAGGACAGAUUUGGUUGCAAAAUACAUUGGCCAGACAGGGGCACAGACAAGAGCAAAGAUCAAGGAAGCCGAAGGCGGGAUUCUAUUCGUAGACGAAGCCUACCGCCUAAUGCCGACAAAAUUGCAGACAAACGAUUACGGGAAGGAGGCUCUUGAGGAGAUGAUGUCCCACAUGGACAAAGGCAACAUAGUCGUGAUAUUCGCUGGCUACCGUGAAGAAAUGCAGCGUGUGAUAUCCGCUAACCCGGGCUUCAGAAGACGUGUCACCAAGUUUUUCUACUUCGACGACUUCACUUGUCGGGAGCUCGCAAAAAUCGCCCAUCUCAAAAUGCGUGAUAAUACGAGCCCUCUGUACGGCUUCAGGCUGCACGAGUCGUGCACUGUGGCGCGGAUAGCCGAGAAGUUGAAGCAGGAAUCCUCUGUGGAGCAGCGCAGGGAGAUGAAUGGGGGUUUGGUGGAUUUGAUGCUUGUUAAUGCGCGAGAGAGUUUGGAUGGGAGGAUUGAUGUUUCGUGUAAAGAUAUUAACACUUUGCUUACGAUUACGUUGGAGGAUUUGGUUGCAGGGCUUAGGUCGAUGAAGGAGCAUAAACACUUGAUGAACAAGGAUUUGACGGCCGAGAUUAAACAUGAUUCGAAUGAGGAGUUGGCAACAAAGAAGGUUUUGGAGGACUUUGCAGCCGAGCUUCGGUCGAUCAAACGGCAGCAGCCCAAAUUACAUGACUCGGAAGAGGACUUGGCAACGAGGAAGGUAUUGGAGGAUUUGGCGGCUGAGGUACGGUUGAUCAAAAAACAGCAGCAGCAGCCCAAAGGCUGCAAUAAGAUGAAGAAGAGGGGAGUGAUGAGCUUUCUUUUUAAUGAUGAUAAUUGGGGACUUUCUCUUAUUUUUUCAUUCAUUUGCUGCUGGUUGUUAGUGAUUACUUUGAUUUGUAUGGAUUUUCUUCGUAAACAAAAAAUAUCUCUGGUUUGAGUUGAGCUUUCAUAUAUUGUAGUUUCUUAUACCUAUUUCAAGGUUUUGUGGGUGGAGCACUUUGGACUUUUU